AUGGAUGCCACGACCGUUGCUGGUAUUGCGUCGUUGCUUCUAGCGGCAGCCGUGACGGCGGAUUAUCUCCACGACUGGAAAAAUCGGAGAGCUCUAGUAGACAUACCUCUGAUUCUUACUAACAGCCCGUUGCAUCCAUGGAUUGGUCGCCAGCCCAAGGAUGACUACGAUGAAGAGAUGACGCGCGCAUAUCAAAAGUAUACAAAGAACGGCAAAGCAUUUGCAACGCCUAGUUUCAGCCGCAGCAGCACCGUCUCCAUCUUCCCGCCGCAGCACUCCCAGGAAUGGCGCAAUGUGUCUACAGACCGCAUGAGCUGGCGGAUUCGUAUAACAGAGGAAUUUCUGCUAAAAGACGUCGGGUUGGACCUCAACUGGAAGGUUGCGGCCCAGACUACCUUGAUAUGCAACCGCAGCGCCUGCAUCCCCCAAGUGCAGCACCACGUCGCUCAUGCAGUAGAUGUUGGCCUUGAGCAGCUUAAUCUCAGCGGAUCGUCGGACUCGACAAAGAUCAAAGUGGUGGAAACGGUCAUGGGACUAUCCUCGGAGCUUGUUGUAGCCCUCGUCUUUUGUCCUGGAUUCGCCAGCGACACGCCGUUUGCCAAGGACAUUGUCAACUUUGUGACACAGCUCGAGGAGAGAGUCUACCACCAGCGCAAGUAUCCAGUGCUGCUGCGGCCGCUUUUCAGACGGUUCUCGUCCAUAACAAAGACUCUUCAUUGCACAAUGGCAGCCCUCAAGAAGAUCCUAGUGCCCGAGGUGCUUCGGCGGAUUGAGCAGCGCCGGGCUGACAAAGGGUCCGGUAGUUGCAGCGUCUUUUACAUGGACGUCAUGAUUCAUCUCGCCUUCAAAGAAGGCCACCUGGACUACAGCUGCAGCAGCGCAGACUUACAAACUGCUACCUUGAUUGCCCACCAUCUACUGCUGAUCUGCUGGGGGAUGAUCUCGCCAACAUGGAUGUUUGGCACCAUCAUGCUGUUUGAUCUCUGGUCGCGAACCGAGUACAUAGCGCCGCUAAGGCAAGAGCUCGAGUGUGCCGUACAGAAAACCAACGGCAUCUGGACGUUUGACAUGUUUAAGCACGCGCCGCGAUUCGAGAGCUUUACCAGAGAGUCGUUGCGCAUGAACCCCCCUUCAGCAAUGACAAAUGGCCGUCAGGCUCUACAGCCUCUUCCAAUGGAGUCGCUAGGGCAGACGUUCUACCCAGGCGCCCGGAUCGGCUUCUUGCCUGCGCGCUGGGUUCAUCGGGACCCGGACCACUACCUGGACCCGAUGACGUUUGACGGGUAUCGCUUUGUCGACCGGGAGACAGGACGUUGUGAUUUUCGCGACACCAUCACGCCGACAGAGACAUGGCUGCCCUUUGCCAUUGGCGUGUCGACGUGUCCGGGGCGGCUCAUUGGGACGCGCAUGAUACAGGUCAUGGUGGCCAAGAUUCUGCUUGGGUAUGAUGCCAAGUUGGAGGACAUGGACGGCGACUUGUUGCUGCAUGAAGAUGGGUUUACGAUUCCAAGAUCUGAUGUAGAGGCGUCUAUAAAGGUCCGUUGA